UCAGGCGGCGAGGCGCGCACACGUUGGCCCGGAGGAUCUGACCCGGUUCUAGCCCGCGAUCGUUCACACACCCGAGCCUUCUCUUUGACCCACCGAGUCACUUCCUAAGUACCGAGGCGCUGCAUGGCGGUAACAGGGCUCCGCUGGACACGGGUGGAUCGUCGAGUUUGAUCGAAACGAGGUCGGGAUCAGUCAAACCGUUAGAGCCCCUCCUGGUGGAUCUCUCCGUUUUACCCGCUUAAAGCCAACAGAACCAGGCAGGGAACCAUGUCGCUGACCGCCUCGUCUGACUAUUUCGCCGCCGAGUGUCUGGUGUCGAUCUCCAGCGGUCCCGUCCUGCACCGACCCACUCCGAUGGCCCCCGUCGGCCUGCCCACCCCGGCGGGCCUGCUCCCCGGGGAGCCCGACGGCACGAUCGAGGACCGGGAGGUGCGGGAGACGCUGCGGCUGGAGGGGGCCAACAUGAUGGCGGUGGCCGGCAUCCUCACCGACCUGCACGGCAAGUUCCGCCCCAUGUCGGCCUACUCGGAGAGCAGCAACUCGUCGUGCGGCGGCGAGAGCGGCUACACCACGUUGUCCGACCCCACCACCCCCACCAUGACCCCCUCCGCCACCCCGGUGCCCGGGCAGCAGGUCCGGGGGGGAGGAGGAGGAGGCGUGGGCCCCCCCCGGUCCCCGGUGAAGAGGCACCAGUGCACUUUUGACGGAUGCGACCGAGUUUACGGGAAAUCGUCCCACCUGAAGGCGCACAUCCGGACACACACAGGCGAGAGGCCCUUCCCCUGCACCUGGCCCGAGUGUGAGAAAAAGUUUGCCCGUUCCGACGAGCUCGCCCGCCACACCCGUACCCACACAGGAGAAAAGCGCUUCCUGUGCCCACUGUGCGACAAGCGCUUCAUGCGCAGCGACCACCUGAUCAAGCACGCCCGGCGCCAUCCUGACUUCCAGCCCUCCAUGUUGGGACGCAACAAGGGCACAUCCUCUGCUUCCAGUCCGGCCCUGCACCAUUAGGAUGGUGCGUGUCUGGGUUUCCUGUGCACUGGGAUCAGCAGCAGCACGGAAGCUUGCGGUGGUUUCAACUUAACCAGCUACAAUCAGAUCCACCGACAAGGAUUUAGAAAUACGGUGUUGUACUCCAAAAUGCACACAUACACACAUUGUACACGAGUGAACACACAGAGCUGGAAGUGAGGAGCACGUAGCCUCAUCUCUCCAUCCACCCAGAUGAGUCAUGUGACCACUAUCCACCUGCUCAACUUAACCAGGGUUGGUUUUCACGAAUGUUCCACAUUUAUGAGAACCAGGGAUUUGUUUAAGAAAUGUGUUUUUUGAUUCCGCUUAUCGUUUCCUGAGAGCAAAGUUUGGACUUUCUGCACUUCGUUUACAUGGCUGCUUACACAUGGAUCAAACCACGUGUAUAAUGUUUACAAUAUGGCAGACUGGAGCGAGUUUUUCAAGUGUAGCUUCACAAAAGAUUGAAAUGAAGUGACAUGAAACUACUCAGUAAUAAAUACAUGCAGGGGAGGGAAGUUAAUAGAAUAUGAUGACACAUUUCCUACAGAAAGGUGUAAAGCUGCAGGGUGUUUCUUAUGCUGUAUUGUGACAUAGUGAAAUUAAACGGUGAAAACCUUUUAUACGAAAAGAACUA